AUGGGCUCCUUGCCUGGCGUCGUCUGCGAGUUCUGCAACAGAUGGUUCCCCAACGCCCAAGUUUAUGGCGGUCAUAAGUCACGGCGGACCCCUUGUCAAGGCCUUUCCGCCGUGGCAAGGCCCUCGCGAUCUGCACCGUCAGCCGGUCUACACGCACUGCUAUUCGUCCACGACAUUCUGUCGGACGCUCCCGCUGCUCCCGCUUCCCCUACCGCGUCUAACGCGUCCAACACCGACGGUGUGAAUGGUCCUCCUCGCGUCCCGGUAGCUGACGAGGACGCAACACCCUCGGCUGUGAACGUGGGGGCUCCUGAAUCUGAGCAUCAACCGUCACCAGAAACACCUGCAGAUGACACGAGUGAGCAUCAGGGGUGCCGCCCUGGAGUGAGUCACGCGGCACCGCCGACAAUCAUUUCCGGGGAGAGCAAUGCGACGCCCCUCAGUCCGAUUGCGUUGAAGCUGCUGCAUUUCGUGAGGCGCGUAAAUGGCGGAAUGGGCAUGGCGGAGAUCGACAUCAAUGGCCUGCUUCAGCUCGUGGUGGAGCCCGGCCUUGCGCCUCUUGUGAUCUCAGAGAUCCGGAACUGCAAGGAUCUGGAGCGGUUCGAGAUGGAGCGCUUGGUAGGGCUCAAUCGCGGAUGGUCAGUGGCGACCUUCGAGAUUGAGGGUCAUCCGCCACAGCGCCUCCUCUUCCAGAACUCCGCGCAGGCGUUUGCUGAACUGUUUGGGCACACCAACAACGCACCCGGCUUCAAGCUCAAGGCUCGUGUUGAUGAGGACCCUGACACAGGCGAGCGUCGCUAUACCACGCCAGAAACAGGAACGUGGUGGAACGAUGCUCAGGAACACUUCGGAUGGUCCGAAGUCGUGGGGGGUAUCAUCCUAUAUUCAGAUGUGACGCACAUGAGCAACAACGGCCGGAAGAAGGCGUGGCCGCUCAUGAUGACGCUUGCCAACAUCUCCCAGGCCAAGCGAUGGGGGAAAGCCGGGCACACGCUACUUGCUCUCCUUCCUAUCCCCCCUUCUGCAAUGACCGCCGUCGAGAAGGUGAUGCUCUUCCAGCGAUGCGUCAUCACCGUGCUGCAGCCGCUUCUUGAUGGCAUGGACAGAGUCGUCCUGGCUGUUGCUGUUCCCACUCUACCCGUUCCUCGCAGCGGCCUCCGUCUCAAGGACCCUUUCGGCGAUUGGCAAACAGUGCGGCCACUGCUGUACGCCUGGGUGUGCGACUAUCCCGAGAGCGGCAAGAUCAGUUGCACACUCUCGCAUGGAUCGCGGAUGCCGUGCAGCAUCUGCUAUGCUGCAAAGGAGCAUUUGGUUGCUGUCAAGGCACGGAACACGCCGCGCACGCCUGAACAGCAGCAAUGGAUCGUGAAUGAGGCGGCUGGGUUGACAUCAAGCCAGGCCGACCCAUGCAAGACCUACUCGACCUACCCGGUUGAGUGGGAUGUCCCAGGGACCGUGUGGGGCAAUCCCUACCUCGUUAUCAUGCCUGACAUCAUGCACCAGGCGGACCUGGGCAUGAUGAGCCACAUUGUGGCUGUCGUGCGCAAGAUGAAGAAGCGGCGCGUGAAGCAGAUGGACAGGCGCCUGUCCCUCAUUCGCGACCGCACGCGCCUGAACCACCUGCGCCUGCCAGAGAGCGCGUACUUCGAGAGUGGAGCAUGUGUCGCGGCCUAUGAGCACAGGGCCGUCAUGCAGGUCAUGGUGUUUGUCUUUGCUGGCCUGCUUCGCCAGCCCCAGAUGGAUGCUGUUCGUGCCUACCUUGGCUGGUACCUCUUGUGUUGCCAGCCAACGGGGCACACCGAGCGGUCCCUGCGGGAUCUCAAGAAGAAGACCUCCCGGCUGGUUGAGCAGUUGCAGGCUGCUUUCCCAAAGCAGCCAUCCUCUUGGUGCCUUGUGAAAACCCAUCUCAUGUCGCACUACAUCGACUCCAUUCGCCGCGCUGGACACGUCACGGAAUUCAGCACCAACAUGUUCGAGCACUUGCAUGGCCCGUUGGUAAAGAGGAUCUACCGGCGGUCCAACAAGCGCAAUGUAGAUGGGCAGAUUAUGAAGUUCCAUGCUAGGCGCAUCCCGGACGUUGUGCCGGUGGAUGAUCCCCUUGGCCGGGACGCUGCCAUGCGGCAGGCCAUUGAGACAGGCACAAGGACUCUUAUCAAAGAGUCCUACUUACUCCCUGUGGAGUUACCAGAAGAACCCACCUCCACCAACUGGUUUGCAAGGAAGUGGGCCAUGCAACACCCUGUUGCACAAGCUGCCCUCAAGGAUGCGCUAGUACGUUAUGCAGGAUGCGCCCCCAAGAUCAGGGCCCAUGCAUCGUUGGCCAUCCCAGCGGCAGAUGAUGCCAGCUUCUCAAGGGUUUCUCACUUCGUUCGGGCGACACCUGACUAUUUUGAGCGGCCGUGGUACUCGGAUGUUGCAGUAGAGGGUGUAAGGUACGGUCGGAGAGAGGAGUGGUACGCAAGGUUGCUGCUGCUGUUCCACACCAAAAUCCGUGGAGAGAGGGAGGAGCUGGCUUACGUUAGAUAUUGGAAUGCGUGUGGGGAGGAUGCUGCAACUGGAUGCACUCGCCUCAAGUGGACGACUGGAGUGUAUGCGUACUCCGUGAUUCCGCUUGAAGCGCUGCUUCGCCACGUCCAUGUGUCCUCGCGUGCGCUUUUCGCUGAGGAAGAGACGACCUCAAUAAUGCUCUCCGCCAAGCUUGCAGCGAUCCGAAUUGAGCAAGCUGCAGGGGAGGCGAAGGAGUCGGACAAUGACAAGAAGAAGGAUGCGAUUUUUAAGGAUGCAGUCUCAGACGAUCCAGAGGGUGAUGCUGCUAUUGAAGAGGAAGAAUGCAAAGCUUCCGGUAACGGAUCUCGCUACGCAAUCUUGAAUGACGAUGACGACUGCCUGAUUGCGCAUGAUCCUAACGAGAGUCUCGAGGAUAAGCGGUCGCGACUAGAGACCAAGAUCAUCCUCAAGGACCCGGCUCUGGCUCUCAUCUCAAUGGCGGGAAAUCAGGGGGAGUGGGUUUGCCUGCUGGAGGGCUGCGAGAAAGGGAAGGGCUCGCCUUUCGAGCAGGCAGCGCACCGCGCUCUCUCGGUGCGACACCGCGGGGGGUUGAUGAAGCCCGGUGCAGAGACACGUGCGCUCAAGGACAAGCUGAGUCUCCGCGUGCUGAAGGAGUAUGGCAUCUAG